AUGUUGUCAAAUCAGGGCCAAGCUGAUGCCCUUCCUCCUUACGACCUUUCAGAAGACUUUGACUAUGCAUUCGACACAAAAUCAAUGGAGAAUUUGCUUCUUCCUGAACAGGCCGAUGAGCCGGGCUUUGCUGUUGCAUCCACGCUAACGCGAGGCCUGCAAGUUCCUUCUCGAAGCGGCACCUGCUCAUCCGGCUUUGAUUAUCCCGAGGAAUUGUCCCAGCACAGAAUCUCUGAAAAACAAUGGAGUCAAUUCAACCAGGUCAUCUGCGACGAGGCAAAGCUCUCCCCACAACAAUGGAGUACCGUGAUCGGCAAAGGCCUGGGAAUUCUCGCGAUGGGCGGUCUCAUGAUCGGCUUCUUCGGUGCCAUCCCAGCAGUCCUAAUCGCCCGUCAUAUUCGAAGAAAGAAGGAGAAUCGAAAUUUGGCCACUGCGAUGGCUGGAGAACAGGGUGAGCGCCUCGCUCACCAUAUCUCAGUUUGGAACGAAACUUUUUUUAAGCCCCGGGGGCUCCUGAUUCGUGUCGAUCUGCCCAAAGAACUGCUGGAGGAUAUGAAGGAGAUGGACCUUCAUCUGGAGGGCUCUGUGACUCCGUCGGAUUCAAAAUCCCGUGACAAAGCUGCCCUUAAGGCUCGCAUUGUCAUUAUUCCACUGGAUGGAUCUGCGUCCACAUCAAGACGGGGCUCAGAAACAACUCUAAGGGCUGAAUGA